AUGGUAUCAUUAUCAACGUCUAAAUGGCAAGGUGGAAGUGAGUCAGCUGUAUUCAAUCAAUUGGAAUCAAUUGCUCGUAGUCCAGAGCCUCGUACACCAUUUUUAAAUGCACAACUAACUCGUGCAUUGAAUCCGAAACUUGUUAAGGAUGAU